GGCUUUGAGGCCUGCAGCCGCCGCCCUUGGAGCUGUGCAGCAGGAGGCCGGGCUCCCCGGGCCUCCCGGGCUCCCCGGGCCCGGCUCCUCCUCCCCCUCCUCCUCCUCCUGCUCCUGCCAUGGAGCCCCGCCGGCUCCUCCUCGUCGUCGCCCUGUCCUUGGCCGCGCUGGCGGGCAGCGGCUCUGGGGACAGUGAUUUCAGUUUGGAAGACGCUCUGAGUGACCUUACUACGAAGAAACCUGAUCCCGUGCCUCCCAAAAAGCCAUCAGGUGGGACAAGAGGAGGAGGAGGAGCAGACACUGAUUUGGACUUGUUCGAUGCCCUCGAUGAUCAAGAUGAUCCACAUGAUGGUAGAAAACCCAAGCCAAAUUCAGGAGGAGGAGGUGGUUUCAAUCCACUAGACUUUGAUUUGGGACCUAUCCCACCCAAGCCAACCACUAAGCCCUAUCCAAAGAGACCAGGCGGUUGGGACCACAUCCAAACAACCACAACCAAGAGGCCAAGAGUCACCAAAGCUCCACCAAAAAUACCAGACUCUGAUUUUGACCUGUCUGAUGCUUUGGAUGACCGAAAUGAUCCAGAUAGAGGCGGAAAGCCAAAGCCAAAUUCAGGAGGAGGAGGGCUUUCAGACCAAGAUCUUGAGGACAUUCUGAAUGAUGGCUACAAACCCGAUAAGGAUAAAGGUGGUGGCUUUGGCAGCAAUGAUGACCCUGGAACUGGUAAGUUACUGUUCCCCGAAGAUCGGUUUAUCUUUGCAUGGAAAUAG